AUAAAUCCCCAAUCUUGUUGUUCCCGCCGAUACAAUAUAUUAUUCCCCCAAACUUCACCGGCACCACCGGUCGUUCGGUCGUUCUAUCUUUUUCUCACAUUUGUUCCACUCUAACCCAUCCCCGAAACAAACAAACCCAUUUCUCUAUUAUUAAUAUUAAUAAUUAAUAAUAAUAAUAACACUCUCUCCCCUGCAGAAGAAGAAAACCCUAAUCUUUAUUCUCAUCACUCAAAUUAGGGUUUCAAACAUGUACAGGGAGAGAGGUGGAGGAGGAUCCAAGGCUAAAAUGGAGCGAUCUUCAACCGCUACAAGCUCCAGAGCUGGCUUCAAUUUCAACGGCAAAGAUUCUACUAAUAAAGAUUCUGCAAACUCCAAGAUUUCUAGGGCUUCUUUUCCCAAUAAGAAACUCUCUAAAGGAGAGGAGAACGUAGUAGAGGAAUCUGAGACAGAUAGUGAGGAAUCCGAUGUUAGCGGGUCUGAUGGAGAAGACACGUCUUGGAUAUCAUGGUUUUGCAAUCUGCGUGGGAAUGAGUUUUUCUGUGAAGUUGAUGAGAAUUACAUCCAAGAUGACUUUAAUCUAUGUGGUUUGAGCAGUCAAGUUCCUUAUUAUGAAUACGCUCUUGAUUUGAUCCUGGACGUUGAGUCCUCUCAUGGUGAUAUGUUUUCAGAAGAACAAAAUGAAAUAAUCGAAUCAGCAGCGGAGAUGCUUUAUGGUCUUAUUCACGUACGAUACAUCUUAACAACCAAAGGAUUGGCUGCCAUGCUCGAGAAAUACAAGAAUGCAGAAUUUGGCAGAUGCCCAAGAGUUUACUGCUGUGGUCAACCCUGUCUUCCUGUCGGUCAAUCAGACGUGUCUCGGCAAAGCAAUGUAAAAAUUUUCUGUCCAAAAUGCGAAGAUAUCUAUACUCCUCAAUCUCGGUUUCAAGACAACCUUGAUGGAGCUUAUUUCGGGUCAACAUUUCCUCACUUGUUUCUGAUGACAUACGGGCACCUGAAACCGCAAAAGACGUCACAAGAUUACAUUCCGAGGGUCUUCGGCUUCAAGGUCCACAAGCCAUAACUUCAACGCCCGAAUCCAAAGAUGAGCUUCUGGGCUCGUUUCUCCGCACCGCCUGCUAUUGGGUUACAUCUUCAGCCCGUUUUGCUAGUAACAUUCGCAAGAUACGGAAAUUAAUCAAGAAAUAUAACUUAAGUUCAAAGGCGUGAAAAGAAAUCGCGUCGCAACCUUAGGAUCCUUCAUAUAUGUUUAUGUUGAAAACACCUAAUUAGAAGAAAAAAAAAAAAAGGUUUAAAAAAAAGUUGUGUAAGUGUGUUUUGCUACUUGUUUUCAUCAUCUUCUUUUGAGUACUGAUUUUGUAAGUCAGGAAUGUUUUUUUUUUAAUUCUAGAAUGCAUUGAACUUUGACUACUUGGUGAAGAACUAAAGGUAUGUAUGCAUCUGCAGUUCAUGUUAAAAUCAUUUCAUGAUACA